CCGAGUGCUCAAGCCUGCCUGACUGCCUGUUCGCCUGCUUAGCUUAGCUGUUACGUCGCCGCCAUGAAGCCGCUGUUCGGGAAGAUCGUAUCCAACAAGAUGCAGAAGUCGGUGCUGGUGGAGGUGGCCCGCAUCGUGAAGGACCCCAAGUACGGCAAGUACUACAAGAAGACCAAGAAGUUCAUGGCCCACGACGAGGAGAACGUGUGCAACAUCGGCGACUUCGUGCGUCUGUCGGCCACGCGCCCGCUGUCCAAGCGCAAGCGCUGGAACGUCGAGGAGAUCACGCGCAAGGCCGAGGUGUAAGGAGGAGCUCGUUGGGGGAGCGCUGCGUCGACGGAGGAGGCCCCGGACACUGCGACAGAGGAUGCAGGAGUUUUGCGGGGGCAGAGGAGACGACGCAGCGCGUGUAUUAGCAGAGCAGAAACACCGUGGAAAGUAAGUUAGAGUUGAUUUCCCAGUCU